GAAGGGAUUGAAACUUGAAAGAGUCGGAGAGACAGAGAGAGACCUGAAAAUUGGCACCAAAAAUUAAUGGGGGUGGAGAGAGUGCAAGGCAUUGCUUCCUUGGACGGGCACCAAAAAUUAAUGGGGGUGGAGAGAGUGCAAGGCAUUGCUUCCUUGUCCAAGGACGAGAUCCCGGCAGAGUUCGUGAGGUCGGUUAAUGAGCAACCGGGGAUCACAACCGUCCAUGGUGAGGUCCUUGAGGUGCCGACCAUUGAUCUUACUGACCCAGAUGAGGAAAAGGUCCUCCGUGCGAUUGCGGAUGCCAGCCGCAACUGGGGGAUGUUCCAAAUUGUGAACCAUGGAAUUCCCGUUGAGGCCAUUACCAAGUUGCAAGCUUCUGGGAAGGAGUUCUUCGAGCUCCCGCAGGAGGAAAAGGAGGUUUAUGCUAAGCCUCCGGGUCCUCAGUCGAUGGAGGGCUAUGGGACUAAGCUUCAGAAAGAAGCCGAAGGGAAGAAAGCCUGGGUGGAUCAUUUGUUCCAUAAGAUAUGGCCUCCUUCUGCCGUUAACUACCGCUUCUGGCCUAAGAACCCUCCUUCUUACAGGGAGGCUAACGAGGAAUAUGCGAAGCAGCUGCAUGGGGUGGUGGAGAAGCUGUUCAAGAGCCUGUCGUUGGGUUUAGGGCUUGAAGGGCAUGAACUGAAGGAGGCUGCGAGUGGCGAUGACAUGGUGUACCUUCUCAAGAUCAAUUACUACCCGCCGUGUCCGCGCCCUGACCUGGCCCUAGGGGUGCCGGCUCAUACUGACAUGUCCAUCAUCACCAUUCUUGUGCCCAACCACGUCCAAGGUCUCCAGGCUUCCAGGGAUGGCCAUUGGUACGAUGUCAAAUACAUCCCCAAUGCCCUUGUUAUCCACGUUGGGGACCAACUUGAGAUACUGAGCAAUGGAAAGUACAAGGCGGUGCUGCACAGGACUACGGUGAACAAAGAGCAAACAAGAAUGUCCUGGCCGGUAUUCUUGGAGCCUCCGGGAGAAUUUGAGGUAGGGCCUCACCCGAAGCUCGUCGACCAUGAAAAUCCGCCAAAAUACAAGACGAAGAAAUACAGUGACUAUGUUUACUGUAAGCUUAACAAGAUUCCCCAGUAACUGACUAUGUUUACUGGAAGUGGAAGCUUAAGCAAAGCAGUCUAGCUGGGGCCGGCUGCUUCAAUGUCGAACGCAUGACCCACAAAAUGUUCUGGUUAAGUAGUAGAUAUUAAAGGCCUACCGACAGGGGAAUCAGGAUGUUUAUCUGAGGAGCAGAUAUAAUUCUAAAAUAAAAGAUAAUUAUAAGAAGGGUUGCUUUUGUUUUGAUUGAUAAAGUGUUUUUGUUUAAAUUUGUUUUGAUUGAGGAAGUGUUUUAAUGUGAUUUUGAUUGAGAAA